UGCUCAGAACUUGCUUUCUGAUUGGUAGAAAAGCGACCCCCCCCGCCCCCAUUUCUUCACGGUCGCACGCCCAACCUGCGCUCCUAUUGGUUGAGACUGCCGUCCUCCCAAGGUGUCUUCGCUGUCUUCCUUCAGCUCCACCCCAUGGCGUCCCAGGGCCGUAGGCGGAGGCUGCCGCGAAGGACGGGGACGAUGGUGUCGGGGGAGGCAGCCGAGACGGACUCGGAGCCCUCUGCGUCCUCAUCGUCAGAGGAAGAGCUGUACCUGGGUCCUUCGGGUCCGACGCGCGGCCGGGCCAUGGGGCAUCGGAUCGCCGGGGAGGCCGCGGAGACAGACUCGGACCCGGAGCCAGAGCCCACGGCCGCGCCCACCGACCUGCCUCCGCUCGUGGUGCAGCGGGAGGCGGCCGGGGAGGCCUGGGGCGUGGAGGAGGCCCCGGCGCCCGCGCCCGCGCGCUCGCUGCUGCAGCUCCGGCUGACCGAGAGCCAGGCGCGGCUGGACCACGACGUGGUGGCGGCCGUGAGCGGUGUGUACCGCCGUGCGGGCCGUGAUGUGGCUGCCCUGGCUGGGAGGCUGGCGGCCGCCCAGGCUGCAGGGUUGGCGGCGGCCCACAGCGUGCGCCUGGUGCGAGGGGACCUCUGUGCGCUGGCCGAGCGCCUGGACAUUGUGGCUGGCUGUCGCUUGCUCCCGGACAUCCGCGGUGUGCCAGGGACUGAGCCUGAGCAAGACCCGGGACCUCGGGACUAGCUGAGACCUUCCUUCCUCAUCCGACUGUCCCUGGGACCUGGCUGUCCCUGUGUCUCCGGUCACCCCAUGCCUCUCCACUUUGAUGUCACCCUAGGGGCUCCCGGCGCACCUGGAUAAUGCUCUGUUUCUCCCGUCGUUCUGACCCUGCUCCUGGGCCUGGCAUUGGGUUCUGAGCCCACUUUCCGGCUUGAGUCCAGCCCUGGGAAAUACCUGGCCCACAGUCUGUUUCCACCCUGGAGCUCACUGUCCCCACCUUUCUUUGCCCCCCAUCUUUCCCAGGUUGUUUCUGCCCACAGGCACUUGGACCCCGGCAUCUUUCUUCAGGCCCUUGCCCAUGGCCCUAGGCCUUAGCCCACCCUCCGGAAGUUUGUGCUCCCUCACUGGGUCCUUUUUCUGCUCCCCAGCUUGGCUGUCCUUCUCAUUGCUUCUGUUCCUUUGCAUCUCCAGGCUCCUCCUCCUCGGGUUUAGCUCCGUCCCCUCCUCCUGAGUCCAGCCGCGCCCUUAGAUAGAUUAUGCUAACCGUUGCUUUGCCAUCCUGCAUAUGCUGCCUUCCUGGUCCUGGUCCUGGUCCGGGGGUGCCCGAUACUUUCCUUCCUCAGGCCCAGAUGAUGCUCCUUGGUGACCCAAGGCCGUUCCCCUCCUCCAGACCUCUUGGACCAAGGUCUCUGCCAGACGCAGGAACUCUCUAGCAGAGGUGGUGCCACUCCUGACCCCAGACCUCAAGUAACCCCUUCAGGUACCUGGGCCAAGUUCUGCCCAUGCUGGUGUCUUUGGCGCAGUAGGGUGCAGCUUUGCAAAGAGCAACCUGCCAUUCACUCUGGUUCCUGAAUCUAAAGACUUGGACUUAUGACCCAGCUCCAGGACUGGGUCGAAGCCUCUUUCUGCACCUUCUCACCCACUUCUUUUGAUCCCAGCGAUGGACCCUCAGCCUCGGUCACAUUUUCCCCCGAGAGUGAAGCUGAAGCUGAGAUCUGAGCCCCCAGGAUGGAGGGAAGGGAGGAGAGUUCUUUAGAGUCUUUAAAACGCAAAACACUCCCCCUGGUGGCCACAGUCUUGUCUCCCCGCCUGAGUGGGGGGGGUGGGUUUGUCCCUGGGUGGGGCUGGGGAGGUCCCCGAACAGGAGAAGGGGACCUCACCCCACUUCCGGGGUAGAUUGUGACUUAUGUCACAGAAAAGAAAUAAAGGAGCCAGGGAGAGGCACAGAAACGUUUAUUAGGCAGAAUUUAGCAAGUAACAGAGUGCGGUCCUUGUGAGAGAGGAGGGAGGGUUAUGGUCCAGGUGGGGAUUUUUGUGUGGUCUUGGGGUCCUCAGGAUGGGUGAUGUAGGGUGCCUAUCCUGCUGUCUGUUGGGCCCCUCGUGUGCGGGGCUCUGUUAGGUUGAAGUUCCGUGUUAUGCUGCCCACGUGUUGGCGCAGCUUCCUGGAGGUUGGAGGUCUGGGAGCAAAAGCAAGUUACAGGCUUAUUGUGUCUUUGAGACCCUCAGGAUUUUUGCUGGCUGUGGUGGCACACACCUGUGAUCCCAGCACUCGGGAGGCCGAGGCCGGAGGAUCUCGAGUUCAAGCCCAGCCUGAACUACAUAGUGAGACCAUACCUACCCCCUAAAAAAUGAAAAAGAUGCUUAAGAUUUUUUUUCUUUUUGUAAUUUCCUGGAUGGGAAAAAGGCAUUGUAACUUUGGGCAAUGUUUUGGUCCUGAAACCAUAGUUUUUCUUUUUUUGGUACUGGGGAUCAAACUCACGAUCUUGCACUUGCAAGGAAGCUGUAGUUUUUCUUAAAAGUGUAAUGGGUCGGGGGAGUGAGACAGGGUUAUGUUGGCCAGGCUUGCCUUGAACUGGGGGAUCCUUCUGCCUCAGCCUCCCGAAUACUAGGAUCGCAGGCCUCUGCCACCACACUUGGCCUCUACUUGGUAAUGUAUGGCUUUUAAAUUAUGAUUUUCCUCAUCCCCUUUGGACCUAGCUUUUCUGUCUCACCACAGGUUGGUAAUUUGUCACAGGGUAGGGGUCCUAAGACUCCCCUGCUUGGCUUAUUGAAGAUGAAACUGUAGUUGGGAAAUCACCGUUCCUCAUGUUUGCCCUGCUUCUGGAUUUGUUUGUAUUCAGUUAAUUUGAAAUACAUUUUUGGGUACCUGUCCUGUGCUGGGUGCUGGGGGUAGAGCUGCCAGUCCCUGCCCUCACAGCCCAGUAGGGGAGGCAGGCAUUAAUAAAACAGGAGUCCUAGGAA